AUGAAUAUAAAUCGUGCUGGUCAUCCGCCUGGGCCAUGGCGCAGAUAUAACAUCGAUCCCGCCACUGCUGAGCCUCCUGCUCCCCAAACUCCUCAUCCAGCCAUGCCUGGGACUGUUGCCGGCGGAAUUGAAUGUCGGCCGCGGCCCACUGGUGCUGGCGUUGGCGGUGGCUUGCGCACUGGCGCUGCUGCUGGCGGUGGCUCGGGCUCGGGUGCUGGUGCUGGCGUUGGUUCGGGCUCUGGCUCUGGCUCGGGCUAUGGCUUGGGCUUAAGCUAUCGCUGUGGCGCCGGUGCUGACUUGGGCUUGGGCUCUGGCUUGGGCUCUGGCUCGGGCUCGGGCUAUGGCUCCGGCGUGGGCUGUGGCUCGGGCUAUGGCUAUGGCUCCGGCGUGGGAAAUGGCUCCGGCGUGGGCAAUGGCUAUGGCUCUGGCUCGGGCUCGGGCUAUGGCUUGAGCUUGGGCUGUGGCGCCGGUGCUGACUUGGGCUUGGGCUCUGGCUCGGGCUAUGGCUCGGGCUCCGGCGUGGGCUGUGGCUCGGGCUAUGGCUAUGGCUCCGGCGUGGGAAAUGGCUCCGGCGUGGGCAAUGGCUAUGGCUCUGGCUCGGGCUCGGGCUAUGGCUUGAGCUUGGGCUGUGGCGCCGGUGCUGACUUGGGCUUGGGCUGUGGCUCGGCCUAUGGCUCGGGCUCCGGCGUGGGCUAUGGCUCCGGCUUCGGCUUGGGCUGCAUGAGCCCGCUGCUCUGCUGGAAUCAUACUCCAUUCCGCGCCUGA